AUGGGAUCAGUCCCAAAUGUUUUCUCAAACACAGAGUCUAUUAAAAGACAACCUUCAUCAGGAUUGUCUAUUCUGAUAGUGGGCGGUGGUAUUGCCGGGCUUAGCUUUGCUAUUGAGGGACACCGGAAGGGUCAUGAUGUUCGCAUCAUCGAUCGACGACCUCAUUUUGAUGACUAUGGUGAUAUCAUUGGUAUCGGGGACUCUGUUCUGCACUCUAUGAAACAAUGGCCUGGGUUCCUCGAAGCUUGCUACAAGACACCAUUUCCCAGGGAAUAUAGUGCGUACAAGUUCGACGACACCCUCAUUGGCAAGUUGGGCGAGGGCCUGGGCAUGAGCCGAUCCGAGUUCCACCGGUUGCUGCACCAGUACGUUCAGCAUAUCGGCAUUCCCAUCCGUUAUGGCGCCAGAGCUGUAGAUUAUUUCGAGACUGAAACAGAGGCCGGCGUUGAACUUGAAAGCGGAGAACGGAUCACGGCAGAUAUUGCUGUCGCCGCAGAUGGCAUCGGCUCGAGAUCCUGGCGGCUGAUAGCUGGCACCAAGGAGCAGCCCAUUAGUUCCGGAUUCGCCUUGUUUCGGAGCACGUACCCGGUGAAGUUGGCACUGGAGAACCCAUUGAUUGCGGAGGCAAUUGGCGGUAUUGAUUGCGUCAGCCGCUUGUACUUUGGUCCCGGAUCUCACAUCGUUCUGGGCAUAACAUCGAAGGACAUGAUUUGGAUGCUGACGCACAAGGAUGAUGGAACUGCCGAGGAGGAUUGGGCCAAGCCUGCAAACCCUCUAGACGCCCUUCCUUAUGUUGAGGGGUGGGCACCGUGGUUGCAAGAGGUCAUUAAGAUGACCCCCAAAGACGGUGUGGUCGACUUUAAGCUCAUGUGGCGCAACCCCAGGGAGAGAUGGGUUUCUCCAAAGGCCAGGGUUGUGCAAAUCGGUGAUUCAGCCCACACCUUUCUUCCCACCUCAGCGAGCGGUGCGACUAUGGCAAUUGAAGACUCGCUCUCCCUCGCAGCUCUGCUUCACAAAAGUGGAAAGGAAAAUGCACCCCUUGCUUUAAGAAUCCAGAACAAACUCAGAUUUGAGCGUGUGACUUGUACUCAGAAGAUGGGAUUCAAGAACAGGGAGAAUUUCCAUAAUACUGACUGGGAUGCUGCAGCCAAAAAACCCUCGUCCAUCCUAAAGCAGGUCGAUAGAUGGGUUUCUGAGCAUAAUCCUGAGCAAUAUGCCUACGACAUGUAUGACGAGUGUGCCGCGCACAUUCUUGACGGCAAGGUAUUUCAGAACACAAACACGCCGCCUGGUCAUACUUUCAAGCCUUGGACGGUCAGUGAGCUGUUGGCGUACGCCGAGCGUGGUGAAAGAAUUGUCGAUGAUGGCGACUGGUCCUAA